GAUUUAUCAAAAUAAAAUCUUAUCUAUAAUGGAGUUCACCAAUGAUAGUUAUGUAAUCAAUAAAUUUCGUUUUUGUGAACUGAAUAGACUAACGAAUAAAUAAAUAGAAAGCGUCAGUCAUUUGGAUAUUACACAUCAGUGACCUCGGCGUUUGCCUUUAGGAUCGCACCGAGAAAUUAGGGUUUGAAAAUUGACAAUGAUUUGCAAACGUUUAAUUUUCUUUUUUUACAAUCACAUUUUAUUUCCUCAGAUUGUUCAACAACACCACACAGAGCACCAAACUGUUCGUCGGCAUAUUCGAUCGUGUUUCUCUCAGGUGGAUUGUUUUCUAAUGCCUCAUCCUGGUCUUAAAGUUUCAACUAAUCCGAAGUUUGACGGGCGAGUGAAAGACAUUGAUCCCGAUUUCGUUGAAAAUCUCAUAGUUCUGGUCCCUGAUCUCUUAGCCCCAGUCAAUUUAGUUGUCAAAAAGAUAAAUGGCCAGGAAGUUACGUGCCGUGAAUUAUUUACUUAUUUCAAAGCAUACAUAAAGAUUUACGAGAGUGAUACUCUUCCAGAACCACGUUCAAUGUUGGAGGCGACUGCAGAAGCAAAUAAUUUAAAUGCAAUAUUAGCUUGUCAAGAAAUGUACACAGAGGCGAUGAACAAGAUAUGUGGACCAGACCGACCGUACAUCAACCCAAAUGAACUAGAAGCGUUGCAUUUGAAAAUAUAUAAUAAUUGUAUUGAGAAGUUCAAUAGUAUCCCUAAAAUGGGUGGUAAAGCAUUUUCUGAAGAGUAUUUGCAUCGCUUAAAGGAAACAAUAACGCAAAUGGGAGAAGACUUCCGCUUAGCGAAUUCUAAAAAGAACAUAUUUCAAACUUUUCGUACUCCAACCGUCUUGGUUGUCAUCUUACUGCUUUUCCAUGUUGUCACAGGAAUAUCUGAGUUCAUUGGCUUAUCAGUGAUUUCAAAUGUUCUGACUAUGCCGUUCUACAUUGCUUUAAUAACAUUGUUUACGUGGUUGUUUUUAAGUUAUACUGGUCAAGCGCCGGAAUUAGCCAAUGCUAUAGACCAUUCAGCUGAGUUAGUGAUGAAUAAGGUCUUCACUCCUGCAGUACAAGCAGUUGGUAGACGUGGAAUUGCUCAGUUAGUUGGAGGCGGUGAUUUGAUUCCUCCUAAUAACCAUGGGGAAGAGGUUGUCGUUUUAUUAAUGGAUACACAAGGUUCUUUUGAUAGCACUAGUACUAUGCGUCAUUGUGCCACAGUUUUCGCUCUGAGUACAAUGUUGAGCAGUAUCCAAGUUUACAAUAUACAUGGUAAUAUCCAAGAAGAUCACCUCCAACAUCUUCAUCUGUUCACUGAAUAUGGUCGGUUAGCAUUAGAGUCAGAAGUUUCUGGGUCUCCAUUUCAGAUUGUUCAACAACACCACACAGAGCACCAAACUGUUCGUCGGCAUAUUCGAUCGUGUUUCUCUCAGGUGGAUUGUUUUCUAAUGCCUCAUCCUGGUCUUAAAGUUUCAACUAAUCCGAAGUUUGACGGGCGAGUGAAAGACAUUGAUCCCGGUUUCGUUGAAAAUCUCAUAGUUCUGGUCCCUGAUCUCUUAGCCCCAGUCAAUUUAGUUGUCAAAAAGAUAAAUGGCCAGGAAGUUACGUGCCGUGAAUUAUUUACUUAUUUCAAAGCAUACAUAAAGAUUUACGAGAGUGAUACUCUUCCAGAACCACGUUCAAUGUUGGAGGCGACUGCAGAAGCAAAUAAUUUAAAUGCAAUAUUAGCUUGUCAAGAAAUGUACACAGAGGCGAUGAACAAGAUAUGUGGACCAGACCGACCGUACAUCAACCCAAAUGAACUAGAAGCGUUGCAUUUGAAAAUAUAUAAUAAUUGUAUUGAGAAGUUCAAUAGUAUCCCUAAAAUGGGUGGUAAAGCAUUUUCUGAAGAGUAUUUGCAUCGCUUAAAGGAAACAAUAACGCAAAUGGGAGAAGACUUCCGCUUAGCGAAUUCUAAAAAGAACAUAUUUCAAACUUUUCGUACUCCAACCGUCUUGGUUGUCAUCUUACUGCUUUUCCAUGUUGUCACAGGAAUAUCUGAGUUCAUUGGCUUAUCAGUGAUUUCAAAUGUUCUGACUAUGCCGUUCUACAUUGCUUUAAUAACAUUGUUUACGUGGUUGUUUUUAAGUUAUACUGGUCAAGCGCCGGAAUUAGCCAAUGCUAUAGACCAUUCAGCUGAGUUAGUGAUGAAUAAGGUCUUCACUCCUGCAGUACAAGCAGUUGGUAGACGUGGAAUUGCUCAGUUAGUUGGAGGCGGUGAUUUGAUUCCUCCUAAUAACCAUGGUACUAGAAGCUGA